GAGCGCAAAAAGGGAGGGGAGUUUAAACUAAGUGCUAUGUUUUGGGACAGGCUAAUCUGCUAGCAAGCAGUGUGAGGAUCGGAGUGUUUUGUGUGAGCCAGUGUGCGGGGGACAGAUAAGGGAGCCAGCCAGCCCGCCAGCCCGACCCAUCAACCCACCGACUGCUUGUUUUAAUGUGCUGACUCUGGGGAGAUUUUUUUAAAAGACAGCAUAUUGACUCCUUUAGACGUGCACGGAAACCUUGGGCACAAAACGCCACCGCCGCUACUACUACUGCUACAGCCACAGCCAGCAGAAGAAGUGCAUCAGCAGCAGAGCAACAAAAAAAGAGAGAGAGAACAGAAGGACUGAGCAAUCACAACUGCAGAAUCAGAAAAUUAAAGAGGAUUCUUUUCCCUUUUUGUCCCCCCAAUUGAUUUUUUCUUCCUUUCUUUUUUUUUUCCUGUUUGCGGGACUGACUCCCAAAAGAGAGAGGAAAAAAGGGGGGGAGAACUGAAGAGAAUCUGAAAAUAAAAGGACAGAACGAAAAUAACAAGCACCGAAUCUGAACAUGUUCGAAAUAAGCCGAACACUCAACGCCGCUUUGUUGAGCAAUGAGCAUCUCAAGAUGAUGGCGAGGUACGGGCAGCUCUCGGGACUAGCAGCCAGUGGCGCGGGCUCCGUCCCCGAGACGCACUCGCCGCUAUUUCCCAGGGAUCUCCUGCCAUCGCCUGCCCAGAUGGGCUACAGGUCGCCCCUGGGGUCGACAGAGACACAGUGGCGUCAGGCAGAGCUCCCACAGCUCCAGGGCUGGGCAGAGAAGGGAUUGCUGACACAGCCAAAGAUGAUCAUCAGUAACAUGGAGGCUCCAGUGACAAAUGGCCCCAGCGGAGGAGGCACCACAGCCAACGGGCCGACCACCAACAGCCGUGGCUGCCCCUCGCCCAUGCAGACCGGCCCGUCGAACGACGACAGCAAGACAAACCUCAUCGUCAACUACCUGCCCCAGAACAUGACCCAGGAGGAGUUCCGCAGCCUGUUCGGUAGCAUCGGCGAGAUCGAGUCCUGCAAGCUGGUUCGCGAUAAGAUCACAGGACAGAGUCUGGGCUACGGCUUUGUCAACUACAUCGAUCCAAAGGAUGCAGAGAAAGCCAUCAACACGUUAAAUGGACUCAGACUUCAGACCAAAACAAUCAAGGUGUCAUAUGCACGACCCAGCUCGGCCUCCAUCCGAGAUGCUAACCUGUACGUGAGCGGCCUGCCCAAGACGAUGACCCAGAAGGAGCUGGAGCAGCUCUUCUCCCAGUACGGACGCAUCAUCACCUCCCGCAUCCUCGUCGACCAGGUCACAGGUGGCUCCCGAGGCGUCGGCUUCAUCCGCUUUGAUAAGAGGAUAGAGGCUGAGGAGGCCAUCAAGGGCCUGAAUGGCCAGAAGCCUUCAGGUGCCGCCGAGCCCAUCACGGUCAAGUUUGCCAACAACCCAGUCAGAAGACCAGCCAAGCCCUUCUGUCGCAACUCUACCAGUCCCCAACCGCCGAUACCCGGGCCCCUGCACCACCAGGCCCAGAGGUUUAGGUGA